CCUCAUCUAACAACAUGGGAGCCGUCUACUCUUGCCUUACCUCGAUCGUCCACGCCAUCGGCGGACUCAUCAUGGGUCUGUUCCGUGCCAUCGGUGCUGCCCUCGCCGCCGUCGUCCGUGCCGUGGAGAGUGAGUCUCGCGCCCUUGCUGCUCUGAGACCCUGCUUCGGCCAUCAUGCUGACCAUCCACUUCCACUCUUCGCCAACAGCCGUCUUCUCGGCCAUCAUCGGCUGCAUCACCUGCCAAGGCUGCGGAGGAGGACGCAGAAGGGGAGGGAGGACCAAGGUCUGAUCAGCGCAAGAGAGGAAGGAGUAAGAAGGGACACUUGACGUUAGAC